AUGGCUGCCGAACAGAGGAAGCUGCUGGAGCAGCUUAUGGGCGCAUCAUCAUCAUCUCGCGCCGCUCAACUCUCCCUUACAGACCCCAAAGUCUGCCGUUCCUACCUCGCAGGCACCUGUCCUCACGAUCUUUUCACAAACACGAAGCAGGACAUUGGUCCGUGUCCAAAGGUUCAUAAUGAGGGCUUGAAGACGGAAUAUGAGGCGCUGUCGGAUAGGGAGAAGCAGAAACAUGGAUUUGAGUACGAUUAUAUGCGCGACUUGCAAAAGUACAUCGACGACUGUAACCGACGAAUCGAUGCUGCACAAAGACGAUUGGAGAAGACGCCGGACGAGAUUCUCCAGACCAAUGUUCUUCUGAAAUCCAUCUCUGAUCUCUCAGGUUCCAUUACCAACGGUCUCCUCGAAGUCGAAAUCCUCGGUUCCAUGGGUGAAGUCUCGCGCGCCCAAGACGAACUCUUCCGCGUCCGUCAAGCGUCCCAAUCCAAAUCCGAUCGUGAAAAGGAGCUCAAAGCGUUGUCGGACACAUCUGGACCCUCAGGCCACCAGAAGCUGCAGGUCUGCGAUGUCUGCGGUGCGUAUCUCAGCAGGCUUGACAACGACCGCCGUCUCGCAGACCACUUUUACGGAAAGAUGCAUCUAGGUUAUGCUCAGAUGAGGAAGACAUACGAUGCAUUCCCCAAGGAGAUGAAGGGUCGUCAAAGACAACCCAUGGAUGACGAUGGUCCCAGAGGACCACGAGGCUCGGGAGGUUAUAGGGGUGGUCGUGGUGGAAGGGGAUACCGAGGAGGGUGGUAA